CUCCGACACUGAAUGAAGUCCAGAGGAUGAGUGAUUGUGUAGAAGAAGAGGGGGACGGAGAAGAGUCUUCACAAUCCAUUUCUUUGAACAUUGACCGGUCCAUAGAUCAUCCUCCAGCACUCAGUAAGGAAUCUGGACCUUCAACUACAAGAGGGAGAAUUAGGAGUGAUGUCUCUGUGGAGGAGCAGCUGUCCUGCUGUGCUCUGUGUCAGUACAUCCUGAAGGAUCCAGUCUCUACCAGCUGUGGACACUGGUUCUGCAGACAGUGCAUCACCUCAUACUGGGACCAGUCUGGUUCUUCAGGAGACUCCUCCUGUCCCCAGUGUGGACAAAGACCCAGAACAAGACCUGGACUGCAGACAGCCAGUCAGACCAGCACUGAACAAACAGAUAGUGGUCUGCAGGAGGUUUUACAACAACAUAAGAUCAGUCUGAGGAGCAGAUGUGAACAUGUGACUGAAGGAACUGAUGGAACAGGAAGUGGAACCCUCCUCAACAGGAUCUACACUGAGCUCUACAUCACAGAGGGACAGAGUGAAGAGGUUAAUACCCAACAUGAGGUGAGGCAGCUGGAGACAACUUCCAAGAUGGAGACCCUCCAUGACGCUCCAAUCAGGUGCCACGACAUCUUUAAAGCAUCACCUGAGCAACAGAGAGAAGACAUCUUUAAAGUCUCACCUGACCAGCAGAGACCCAUCAGAGUGGUUCUGACCAACGGCGUCGCUGGCGUUGGAAAAACCUUCUCAGUGCAGAAGUUCUCUCUGGACUGGGCAGAGGGCUUGGAGAACCAAGAUGUCAGUCUGCUGGUUCUGCUUUCGUUCAGGGAGCUGAACCUGAUCAGAGAUCAGCAGUACAGUCUUCUCAGGCUGCUCCAUGUUUUCCAUCCAACAUUACAGAAGGUCACAGCAGAGCAGCUCGCUGUCUGUAAAGUUCUGUUCAUCUUUGACGGCCUGGAUGAAAGCAGACUGUCACUGGAUUUCAACAACAGGGAGGUUGUGUCUGAUGUCACACAGGAGUCAUCAGUCAACGAGCUGCUGACAAACCUCAUCAGGGGGAAUCUGCUUCCCUCGGCUCUCGUCUGGAUAACUUCCAGACCUGCGGCGGCCAAUCAGAUCCCUCCUACAUGUGUGGACAGGGUAACAGAAGUACGAGGCUUCACUGACGCCCAGAAGGAGGAGUACUUCAGGAGGAGAUCCAGUGAUGAAGAGCUGUCCAGCAGAAUCAUCUCACACAUCAAGACGUCCAGGAGCCUCCACAUCAUGUGUCAAGUCCCAGUCUUCUGCUGGAUCACUGCUACAGUUCUGGAGCACAUGUUGACCACAGACCAGAGAGGAGAGCUGCCCCAGACCCUGACUGACCUGUAUUCACACUUCCUGCUGGUUCAGACACAGAGGAAGAAGAACAAGUACCAUGAGGGACACAAGGAAAAGAAGAAGAAAAAACACAAGAAACAGCUGACGCAGGCUGACAGGGAAGUUCUUCUGAAGCUGGGGAGGCUGGCGUUUGAACAUCUGGAGAAAGGAAACAUCAUGUUCUACCAAGAAGACCUGGAGCAGUGUGGUCUUGAUGUCACAGAGGCCUCGGUGUACUCAGGACUUUGUACUGAGAUCUUCAGAAGAGAGAGUGUGAUCUUCCAGAAAACAGUCUACUGCUUUGUUCAUCUGAGCAUUCAGGAGUUUCUGGCUGCAGUCUACAUGUUCCACUGUUACACCAACAGGAACACUGAGGUCCUGGAGAACUUCCUGGGAAAAGACUAUAAACACUGGAACUCAAACCCAGAGUCUCUUUUCAGUAGGAUUUCUAAGAUUUUUGGAACAAAUGAUAGCCAUGACCCUUUUCUGGAUGUCUUCCUGAGGGGAGCUAUGGAGAAAUCACUUGAAAGCAGAAAUGGUCACCUGGACCUGUUUGUUCGCUUCCUUCAUGGCCUCUCUCUGGAGUCCAACCAGAGACUCUUAGGAGGUCUGCUGGGUCAGACAGAGAACAGUCCAGAAACCAUCCAGAAAGCCAUCACCAACCUGAAGAAGAUGAGCACUGAUGAUAUCUCUCCUGACAGAAGCAUCAACAUCUUCCACUGUCUGAUGGAGAUGAAGGAUCACUCAGUUCAUCAGGAGAUCCAAGAGUUCCUGAAGUCAGAGAACAUACCAGAGGAGAGACUCUCUGAGAUCCACUGCUCAGCUCUGGCCUACAUGAUGCAGAUGUCAGAGGAGGUUCUGGAUGAGUUGGACCUGAAGGAGUACAACACAUCAGUGGAGGGACUACAGAGACUGAUUCCAGCUGUGAGGAACUGCAGGAAGGCUCGACUUCCUGGUUGUGGACUCUCAGAGACUCACUGUAAAGUUGUGGCCUCGGCUCUUAAGUCUAACCCCUCCCAUCUGAGAGAACUGAACCUGAAUGGAAACGAGCUGCAGGAUUCAGGAGUUAAGCAGCUGUGUGCUGGACUGGAGAGUCCCAACUGUAGACUGGAGAUUCUGAGAUUGGGUGCCUGCAGGUUGUCAGAGAUCAGCUGUGCUUCUCUGACCUUAGCACAGAAGUCAAACCCCUCCCAUCUGAAAGAACUGCAGCUGAGUAGAAACAAGCUGCAGGACUCAGGAGUGAAGGAGCUGUGUGGUUUUCUGGAGAGUCCAGACUGUAGACUGGAGACUCUGGGACUGUGGUCCUGUAGUUUGUCAGAGAUCAGCUGUUCUUCUCUGGCUUCAGCUCUGAAGUCCAACCCCUCCCACCUAAGACACCUGGAUCUGAGCUACAACAAGCUGCAGGAUUCAGGAGUGAAGGAACUGUGUGGUUUUCUGGAGAAUCAAGACAGUAGACUGGAGAGUCUGGGAUUGAUGGACUGCAGAUUGUCAGAGAUCAGCUGUGCUUCUUUGACCUCAGCUUUGAAGUCCAACCCCUCCCAUCUAAGAGAGCUGCACCUGAGUGAAAACAAGCUGCAGGAUUCAGGAGUGAAGCUACUGAGUGGUUUUCUGGAGAGUUCAGAUUGCAGACUUGAGACUCUGGGAUUGUGGUCCUGCAGUUUGUCAGAGAUCAGCUGUGUUUCUCUGGCCUCAGCUCUUAAGUCCAACCCUUCCCAUCUGAGAGAACUGGACUUGAGUGGAAACAAGCUGAAGAUUUCAGGAGUGAAGCUCCUGUGUGAUUUUCUGGAGAGUCCAGACUGUAGCCUGGAGACUCUGAGGGUAAACAACAGGGUGAUUAAAGCUUCCAGAGACAAAACCUGUGAGUCUGAUGCCAAACUGGACCCAAACACAGCAGAGACAAAGCUGCAUGUGUCUGUGGAUGACACAAAGCUGAUGAAGCCUCCAUCAAGCUUCACACCUGAACUGCAAACUGAAUCUGCACAAGUCUCCUACAGGUUCAGGUGUCCUGGUCCAGGUGGGUUCCAGUGUACUUUAACUAGACUGGUGUUUGUUAUGGAUCAGGAGGCUGAGCUGCUUUACAGGACUAUCCAAUGGGAUGAGAGUCUCCUCCAAACAGCUGGCAAGACUGCUGCAGGUCCGCUGUUCAAUAUCCAGUGCCAUGAGGAUGCUGUCUGUGAGCUCCAUCUCCCACACUGUGUAACAAAGCAUGAUUUGCAACCUGAAGGCCUGCUGUCUGUCGUUCACAUCAGUGAUGAUGGAAUCAGCAUCCUCGAACCACUUGAGAUCACAGACACUCAUGUGAUCGUCAAAGUUCCUCAUCUCUCUGCCUUUGGCCUUGUCUGGGCUUUGGAGAUUUUUGGGAGGUUAUGGAACAACAUAAAACCAAUUACUGGCGAAGUUCUGCUGUUCCUCCGACCACCGGAUAGUGGGCUUGAAGUUCUCGAUGUUUUUCUCCUGCCAAGCAACAUCCCUCUGCCAGAGGUUGCCGCCCAACAAGGAGAUGCUGAAUACAUCAAAAUCUCCUCCGACUGUAAACUGAUUACUGGUCAAAGUUACAUUAUUCACUGUGAACCCGAGGAGUUAGAAAUACAGCCUGAGCAUGCAGAGUUUCGCUCAAAGUAUGGGCCAAAUUUCUUUCCAACAUUUGAGGUUUUCCUGACUACAAACCCAAAGAAAGUGACUUUGACGGUCGAAGACGAAGAGAGGACAGAAGUUUGGAAACGCAAUGUUCCUCUACCAGGUCCAAGAAGGGAACAUGUUCAGAGGAGUGUCCCUGCAGAGGACAGCCUCCCAGCAGAAGACAGCCUCCCAACAGAGGACAGACUGCUCCUGGUUCGGACAAAGUUUAUUAACAGAGUGUCUGAAGCUGUUCUAAACCAGCUUCUGGAUAAACUUCUUGAGCGCGGUGUUGUAAAUGAUGAUGAAAUGCAGUCAGCCAGAACAAAAAUCAGAGCAGAAAAAGCACGAGAUGUGAUCGACACUGUGCGAAGAAAGGGAACUGAAGCCAGCUCAGUUCUGAUUGCUGCUCUCUGUGAGGUGGAUCCAUGCCUUUCCAGAGUGCUCACAUUGAGAUGAAGCAAAAGCCAGAAACUGUGAAGUGAUAGGAGGAAUUUCUGUUUUACAGUCUCACAUUACUUAUUAUAAUCUUUAAAUGACAAGAUUUGUUGACAAAGUCUGUAAGUGUACUUUGAUUCUUAUAGUGAUUCACUGAAGUUUGGGAAAAAAGGGCUUACACUGUGAUCCAACAAAAAUUGAAAUCACUCCAUAUUUACUAUUAAGUGCACUUUAUUUAUUGUCUACCUUUUUAUGCAUGUGGUUAAAUGUGUGUGUAUAUAUUUUCGUAAAAAUUCCAGAAUGUUAGUAAAAGCAGCAUCCAACGUGUGCACUACUGAAGAUGUGGUAAAGAAGUCUGGUCUUGGUCUCAGCCACAUUAACUGAGUUUUACAUUCAUCUUAUGUGAUUAGGUUUACUAUGUGCAUCACCCCGAUUAAUUAUCUUGAUCUGGGAUAAUUAGGCGUGGUCUACAUCAAUUGGUCUACAAAAAUAACACAGUGGUAAAGAAAACACAGCAGUAAAGAAAAUUAAAAUAUCACUUACUGUUUGUAGAUGUAUUUGAAAUAAGUUAUUGCACCAAAAUAGAUCCAUGCUGAUUAAACAGACAGACAUAUGAACGGCCAUGUUGGAUCGAUGACAGAUGAGAGAUCGAGGAGAGAGGGCCAAGCAGGCAACCAUACUGGAUGGAUGGACAGACAGGCACAGCGGCAAAGAAAAUAAAAAUAUCACUUACUGUUUGUAGAUGUACUUGAAAUAAUUGACUGCACCAAAAUGGAUCCAUGCUGAUUAGAUAGAUGGACAGACUGCCAUGCUAGACGGACCGACAGCCAUGCUGAACGAACGGUUAGCCACGUUUGACGGACAGAUGGCUAGGCACAGCAAAGGUAACGCAGUAAUAAAGAAAAUAAAAAUGACACUUACUUUUUGUAGCUCUACCUGAAAGAAAAAAGGUUA